AUGGAUCUCGCGAAUACUCUGAUCCGCACCGUAGCGCGCGCCUUCUAUGAGACACGCCACAUCCUGGUCGUGGAUGCGCUUUUUAUCCACUCCGUUCUCCACGCCGAAGACCUCGCUUUCCUCUUGGGAAUGCAACAGAAAGACCUCCGAAAGUUAUGCGCCAAGUUGCGCGAGGAUCGCCUGAUCUCGGUAAAUACCCGAGCCGAGAUUCGAGAUGGAUCGACUCGUCCCGUCAACCGCGAAUACUAUUACGUCCCUCUACAUCCCGUUAUCGACGCCAUCAAGUUCAAAGUCUCCAGGUUAACAUCAACGAUCAAAGCCCAAUAUACCCCCAGCGAGGAGAGAAAGGAGUAUAUCUGCCUGCGAUGUGGAGCGGAGUGGACGGAGCUGGAUGUUCUAAGUCUGUACUCGGACGAAGGGUUCGAAUGCCAGAACUGUGGCGCUAUCCUGGAACGCACUGAAGAUGUGAAAGGAACCGAGGGGAUCGACCGCACAGGCCACGAGAAAAACAGCAAGCUCAUGGCCCAGCUGGACACGAUGUUGAAACUACUCAAGCAGAUCGACUCCGUUGAAAUCCCUCCGAAUGAUUUUGACACCGCCUGGGACCAUAAGGUUGACGUCGUUCGGAAUCAGGCGAUCAACCCAACCAGGGCUGCUAUCGUGGUUCCAUCCAAACAACAGGAAGCCGUCCGUGGCAACAUCAAAACCGACACCGCCGCCCUCGAGAUCUCCCUUACGUCCACGGAGGAGAAGAGUGCCGCCGAACAGGCAGAGGAGGCGGCACGAAAGGCCGCCUUGGAGAAGCAGAACGCUCUGCCCGUGUGGCACACCCACUCGACAGUUUCCACAACGGCUGGUAAUCUCAAUCGCAUCAAGAACGAACCGGGCAUCAGAGUCAAGCCGGAAAUAAAGGAGGAGGAGGAGGAUCAGAAGCCUGUGAUCGACGCUCUAGACGACAAACUCGCCGCUUACUACGCCGAAAUGGAGCGGGAGAGAGCUCUCCAAGCCCAGGAGGAUGUUAGCAGUGCGGAUGAAGACUCGGAUGAGUUUGAUGAAUUUGAAGAUGUGGGCGGUGUUUCGGCGAGUGAUACUACGUCCCCUACCGUCGGCGCCAACGAUGGUCCUACCAGUGCUCCAGCAUCUGCGAUGUUGUCUGGGAUCAAGCGUGAACUGGAAGCAGACUCUGGUACCAGUGAGCCUCAGACCUCCACAGCGACUCCGUCCACUGCGGCCGAUGAGGGCCUCGCAGCGAAAAGGAUCAAGGUGGAACCCGACAUCAAGAAAGAAGAGUCAGAUGAGGAUGAAGAGGAGUUCGAGGAUGUUUGA